AUGGGUUGGGUUGGCGCGGGUGUGCUUGUCGUAACAGCAGCCUACUUUCUCUACCGCUACCCCCCUCGCAGCUGGGCCGAGCCUCGUUCUUCUGCGCCUCCGGAACCCAACCCCGACGCGCCGGUUGCCGCUGCCACCGCAGAGGAGCCUGUGCAGCGGAAGGAUGGCCCAAGGGACUCGAAGCCAAUAGAGACAGAUGAGGAGGAUCAUCAGAGUACACCCAAGGCUUCGGUGUCGAGCGUACCACUCCCUGUCCUUGCGGUCCCUACAUUUAGCCUGGACAACGGCGAGCACGAGACAUCGCAGCCUGCCAAAAUAUCGUCCAUUUCACAACCCAUGAAUGGAACAGCAGCACAACUAUCUUCGAUAAACCGUGAUAAUGAGGCACCAAAGUUCCAACCGCCACCACAACCAUCCCUCGCACCCCCUCCGAAACCACAACCAUCAUCUAUACCCUCGAAGGCAACAACCACAGGCGCCUCUUCCCUAAUGCCUCCACCCCCGGUGCCACGGCUCCGACCAGCAGCUCAAGCGAACCGCCUUACCCCCACAAGCACGCUCCAACCCCCACGGCUCAGCGGCAACUCCCUUAGCCCACCACCAUCGGCAGCCGCCUCUCAGCGCGGCCUGAGCGCACCGAGCAGCGGCAGCCGUCUUAGCAACAGCACCCUCGCCCCGACACAGGUAUCUCUAAAGAAGUCAUCCUCAUCGCGCAAAGUGAUUCUCGAGCCAGGAUUCUCGCCCCUUGACUGGGCAGCGCUAGCAGCGAACCCGAAGAACAAGCUCCGCGGCGAAGGCCUUCCCCCAGGUCUGUUGCGGGUCACGCCGUCAAUGCUGAAGGAGCAGCAUGGGCGUAAGGGUCGGGAUGCCUGGACUUCGUACCAUGGAAAGGUAUACAAUAUCUCGCCCUACGCCCCUUACCAUCCAGGUGGGAGGGGCGAGCUCCUCCGUGGCGCGGGCAAGGACUCCGCACAGCUGUUCCAGGAUAUCCACCCUUGGGUUAACUGGGAGGGUAUUCUCGGCGAGUGUCUGAUUGGAAUUCUGGUUUCGGAGCAUGAUACCCAGACCGAGGAUGAGAUGGAUGCGAUGGACUGA